AAGGCAUUAUCUCGAGUUGCUCUAAGAAGAUUGGCGAAUUAACUGGCGCUCGGUUUAAUAAAACGCGCAUUCUAUUUGAAUUUUGAAUUUUUCGCCCGUGUUUCUUUGUACGUGUGUCUAGACGAGUCAGCGAAUUCCUUGUAGGCUUCAUAAUCCUCGUUGUUCACACGGCCAUCUCGAGACAUUCAGUCGCUGCAACUCAGAUAAGGCCAGAAGCACACUUCCGGGGAUGAGUAUGGCAACGUAUUAUUAAGGUCAGGUGGCAAUACAGAAAAACAAAUUAAAUUGGAGCGCGUCGCAAGUUCUAUUACAUAAUACUCCAGACCGAUAUAGUCGCGUCGUCGUCAAACAACGCGAGGCUCGCAUAAACGUUUGGAUAUCGAGGAUGAAAAUGGAGAAAUGUUAUACUAUAAUUUUGACACUUUUCCUUGCAAUGUUUAAUGUUGAUUGCACAACUACACCGGACCCGAGAAAGCCUCGUUUCGAAUCCACCCCGGAGAAUUUGAAGCCCCUUGUCGGAGAGGAUAUUAAAUUGGAAUGGAGCUUCACUUUUCGCUCCACCAGUGAUCUUUCUCGUGUUCAGCUGUUCAGGUACGAUCCGAGUUCGAAAACAAAGAAUGGAAUCGCGUCCAAGAUCGUUAAAACAGGUGUAAUGGCGUAUAGCCCACUUUUACCGGAAUAUGUGAAACGACACGUUUGCAAGAUCUCCUUGAACGAAAAUGGCUUUGGAGAGGCGUCUAUUUCAAUUCAGCAUGUUCAGUUCAAUCGCACAUACGAAUACGGAGUCCUUUUGGAAUUGACCGAGGAUCACCUGCCGCACGUAGAACAUUCGGUUUUACUCAAAGUUGUCGAUAUGGUUCUCAGCGAUGAAGGAAAAAAGAUGAAAGUCAUUAAAUCAUGGUUUGGCCAAAGGCUUAAUUUAAAAUGUGAUGUCAUCCACCACAAAAACACCAAACCACUAUUCAAAUGGUACAAAAAAUCAUUGACAGGGUCAACUUUUCGGGAACUAUUGGUUCCAAAAAACCGCAGUACUUUGAAUUUUGAAAGCGUAAAUCAAACAAAUUUUGGCGAGUAUAGGUGCGAAGCAAGAACAAAGCUGACGAGUGUUGCGCAAAGGUUUAAAGUCUCCAAAUUAGGUUACGCGGGACCUCCAAAGAACUUGGGUCACAGUUAUUACCCACCUACCCAAGGUUAUUCUCUAUUCUGGGAGCAACCAUCCGAGAAAAAUGGGGAUCAUGCGACAAAGUAUAUCCUAGAAAAAUGGAACGCCGACCAAAAGGCCUGGGUAAAGCGAAAGGUCAUAACAAGAUUACAGGUUACUAUUUCAAACCUUCAGUCAGCAACAAAAUAUAGAGUUUGCUCCGCUAAUGAAAUUGGUUACAAGGAGACAUCUUGUUCAGAACCUGUGAAACUGCCAAUGACGAAAAAAGUUACGGCGAACGAAACGGGAAGAUCAAAUCAAUCUUGGCCAAGUUUAUUGCUUGUACUGCUAAUGGCAAUCCUGUCUAGCAUACGUCCCGCAAUAUAGAAUGUUCUAUAGAUAUACGACCAUUGCUAUUCUACGUCUUGCCAUAGAGAGAUGAGAAGAUGUUGCUGCAGGUCUUCAAGCUCCCCUUGGAAAUUGCACAACUGCUUCAUAGUGAAGGACAGUAAACAUAGUUUUGCUUUCUUUGAUUUACCUUGAUUGUGUUUAAUUUAUGUUGGAUGUAAUAUUCUAUCCAUCACUAUACUAUUAGUUACCAUUUAUAUAUAUAUAAUGAUGCGCUAGUAUCUAAUUUAAUAAUAAAAAAAGCGAUAGAGAGAAGAAUUAGAUAUAGCGAGAGAUAAUUUGUAAACUUAUUUAAUUUCUGAACUCUACAAAGAUUCUUUUAAGAGAACACCAGAAAUAUGAUUUAUUAGCAAGAGCUUGAUUUAAACAACUGCAUGAGGUCUGUUGUAUAAAAGACUAGUUAACUUUUAACUGUAUAGUUAAGGACAGAUUUGGCCAAUAAGAGUUGUGUAUUUCUGAGUUAACCAGAAUUUAACUAUGCAAAACUAUGCAAAAUGUGGUUAGAGGAGGGAACAAACCCCUUAUGGACGAGGAGACCCCCAUCAGACGUCUUGAAGCCGAGUGGGGGCGUGACGUUUGUU